ACCUGUUCAACCGGUCAUUUUUCUUGUUUGGAGGUUUUUUAUGAUAAAAAUGUCACUUUGAAGGUUAAAAAUGCUAGCGAAAAAACUUCAAAGUUUAAAGUGCUAGUAAGUGACACUUUCAAGGUUUUUUAUGCGAUUUUCCCCUUUAAAUAAGAAGAAAAGGAAAGAAUUGUUCUUUUCAAAAGGGAAAGUGUUUAUUGGCUGAAUUCAAAAAGCGAGGAAGCGACGAGUCUGGAGAAGACGAAAGCUGUUAAAAAAAAAAUGAUUUCAUCUUCUUCUCCGAUAAGAGACUUUAGCUUUUAAAUCUUCUAGAAUCCUUCAGCUUCCUUCUCACUAUCGAUUUGUGGUCUCUCGCAGAACUAUUACAAGCAGAUAAAGACACAAAAUCAAGAUCAUGGUAUCGUACAGUGCCUUUGCUGUGACAAUGUUGGUGGCCAUGCUUACAGUGCAGUGGUUGGGUUGCAAUUUUGCAGGAGGAUAUCCUGAAGAAGACCUAGUGGUGAGGCUUCCUGGUCAACCAAAAGUCUUAUUUAGACAGUAUGCAGGUUAUGUGGAUGUUGACUCCGAAACAUGCCGCAGUCUCUUCUACUACUUUGUGGAAGCAGACACACAACCGGAGACCAAACCCUUAACCCUUUGGCUUAACAGAGGUCCAGGUUGUUCAUCAGUUGGUGGAGGUGCUUUCACCGAGUUGGGUCCAUUUUACCCAACAGGAGAUGACCGUGGCCUCCGCAUUAACUCUAUGUCGUGGAACAAAGCCUCGAACCUGCUUUUUGUGGAUUCUCCAGCCGGAGUUGGUUGGUCUUACUCCAACACAAGCUCUGAUUACAACACCGGGGACGAAACUACUGCUAGCGAUAUGCUUGUGUUCCUGUUGAGAUGGUUCAACAAGUUCCCAGAGUUGAAAGCUCGUCACUUGUUUCUCACUGGGGAAAGCUACGCAGGACAUUACAUACCUCAACUGGCUGAUGCUAUACACAGCUAUAAUAGACAGUCAAGUGGGUUCAAGAUCAAUGUCAAAGGAAUUGCAAUUGGGAAUCCACUUCUGAAGCUUGACACUGACACGUCAGCUUCUUACGACUUCAUAUGGUCUCACGGGAUUAUUUCUGAUGAACGUAGACACGCAAUCAUCAGGCAAUGUGACUUUACCAGUCUCCCAAACAUAAGCAAGGAAUGCAUCGAGGCUCUCACUGAAGUCAGCUUGGCGAAUAUAUAUGUAAAUGUCUAUGACGUUCUCCUCGACGUAUGCUUCCCAUCUAUUAUCGAGCAAGAGUUGAGGCUCAAGAAAAUGGCUACACAGAUGAGCAUGGGGGUGGAUGUUUGUAUGAAACACGAAAGACAGUUAUAUUUCAAUCUCCCAGCGGUGCAACACGCUCUUCACGCGAACCGCACUCGUCUACCUUACCAAUGGUCUAUGUGCAGCACCCUGGUAAAUUACAGUGGCAUGGACGGGAAUAAGAGAAUUAUACAGAACAAAACUUCUGUUUGGAUCUUCAGUGGAGAUCAAGAUUCUGUAGUUCCACUUCUUGGUUCUAGAACUCUCGUACGAGAACUUGCUCAUGAUCUCAACUUCAGUACCACACUUCCCUAUGGACCUUGGUUCCACAAAAACCAGGUUGGUGGCUGGGUCACCGAGUAUGGAAAGAUAUUGACGUUUGCAACGGUGAGAGGAGCGGCUCAUAUGGUGCCCUAUGCGCAGCCCUCACGAGCUCUGCAUAUAUUCAGUAGCUUUGUGCGUGGCCGGAGAUUGCCCAACAGCACCCAUUAUUCUCCUGAUGAAUGAAACAGAGAGAUCUCUUUAUUAGAUAUAUUCAGCUAGGAGUAGUAUUAAAUGGUGAGCUUGUAAACCACCUUGCAAUGAAAGCUUAUAUUCACUGGCAGAACCUUGCCUAAUGAUCCGCUUAUUAUCUAUAGAUAAGAUGAUGUUGUCUUCUUGGACUGUUAACUGCAAGUCGAUAUCAAUUGCCUUGAUCU